AUGUUUAUCUCGGAAUUCGCCGAGUUCCUGGAGUCUGUUGUCAUGACAACUGAGCCUCUGGUGUUGACUGGUGAUUUCAAUAUCCAUGUUAAUAUCGAUUCUGAUAACGAUGCAGCUCGCUUCUUAGAUCUACUGUCAUCAAUGGGUCUACAGCAGCACAUUAACUUCCCUACUCAUAUCUCUGGGAACACCUUGGAUUUGCUUAUCUCAAGGACUCUAGAUUCUAGUCUCAUACAUGAUGUCCGACCUGGCUCUUAUUUCUCAGACCAUUGUAUAGCAUUUUUCGCCAUAAAUGUUUCAAUGCCGGAGUACUCUAGGAAAAAGGUAUCCUUUAGGAAGGUGAAGGCUAUUGACACAACAGCAUUCAUGAGUGAUUUGUCUGCCUCGGAACUGUGUCAGGACCCACCUUCGGAGACUGUGCAAUUGGUCGACUGUUAUAACAAAACACUUGCUGGAUUACUCGGUCGCCAUGCGCCACUCAAGACGAAAACAGUUACAGUCAGACCCCAAGUGCCCUGGUAUUCUGAGGAAAUCCGUGAGGCUAAGAGAGUGCGCAGGCGCGCAGAAAGAAAAUGGAGAACUACUAGGUCUGCUGAUGAUCUCGCCUCAUUCAAACGACACAAAAAUCAUGUGACGUAUUGGCUGAAAGAAGCCAAAUCUGCUUUUUUGACUGACUUUGUCAGUCAGAAUUCUGAUAAUCAAGGCAAGUUAUUUCGUGCUGUGAAAGAUCUUUUUGUGGAAAAGAACUCACUAUGCUUCUCGGACUAUGCGGAUAAAUCAGCAUUGGCCAACGACAUAGGAAAGUAUUUUGUGGAAAAAAUCAACCGACUGCGUGAUGAGCUUGACAAGGGUUGUAGUGCCUCGGAGAAUGUACAGAGCAGUGAUCUGGUGAAUGACUGUACUGUAGAAACGAUCUCUCUAGUCCCUCGAAUGGAAGCUUUCAAGUUGUUGACUGAGGAAGAUGUACGCAUGCUCAUUAAGAAUUCGAAAUGUACUUCUUGUUGCCUCGAUCCCAUACCUACGCACUUGUUGAAAUCCUAUAGUGAGCCACUCGUUUCCGUGAUCACCAAGCUAAUCAAUAACUCAACUUGCGUCCUGUGA